GAGGGAGGGGUGGGAAGGUCCGUGUCCCAGAAGUGACGUGUGCUGUGUGCGCCGUGACGCUCCGGCGUGGACUCUUCCCCGCGGGAAUAAGGUCGAUUGAAUUGUUGGUGUCCAGCCUGAGUGACUGAGUUCCAGGCAAUGCUGUUGGGACGCUGCACAAGUCGUCCAGCUGAAGGAGAAGUCCCGUUGAACUGACUCUCCUCACGAACCUUUUAAAGAUGAAUGAACAAACAUUGAAAACAACACAGCAGCGGAAACUUCCUGAAUGGAUGUCUACGCAGAAGAAGACAUAUACUGUAGAAGAAAGAAAGGCAUCUAUUCAGAAGAGUGUUUUGGAAGAUGACCUCCCCUUCUUAGAAUUCCCUGGAUCCAUUGUGUACAGUUAUGAAGCUAAUGAUUGUUCUUUCCUAUCAGAAGAUAUUAGCAUGAGUGUAUCUGAUGGAGAUGUGGUAGGAUUUGACAUGGAAUGGCCACCAAUAUACAGUAAAGGGAAACUGAGCAGAGUUGCACUAAUCCAACUGUGUGUGUCAGAGAGCAAAUGUUACUUGUUUCAUAUUUCUUCUAUGUCAGUUUUCCCUCAGGGAUUAAAAAUGUUGCUUGAAAAUGAAGCAAUUAAAAAGGCAGGUGUAGGAAUUGAAGGAGAUCAGUGGAAACUUCUACGUGACUUUGACAUCAAAUUGAAGAGUUUUGUGGAGCUGACAGAUGUUGCCAAUGAAAAGUUGAAAUGUAGAGAGACCUGGAGCCUCAGUGGUUUGGUUAAACACCUCUUUGGUAAACAGCUUCUGAAAGACAAGUCUAUCCGCUGCAGCAACUGGAGUAAGUUUCCCCUCACUGAGGACCAGAAACUAUAUGCAGCCACUGAUGCUUAUGCUGGUUUCAUCAUUUAUCAAAAAUUAGAAAAUUUGGGAGAUGCUGUACAGAUAUUUCCUAUACAUGAAGAGGAAGAAGUACUACCUAGUGACGUGAAGAAACAAUUGACUUCCGUCUCCGAGGACAUGAUGGAUCUGGCUAAGCAUCUUCCUGAUACUUUCGAAAAACUGGAAAAUCCACAGAGGGUUUCUGUACUAUUGAAGGAUAUUUCAGAAAAUCUGUGUUCAUUGAGGAAGAUGAUACUUGGUUCUACUGAGAAUGAACUGAGGCCCAGUAGUAAUUUUCACUUAUUAUCGUUGGAAGAGCCCACUGCUGGUGAAGUACAACAGAAACAAAUUAGAGAACAUAAAAUUUUUACUGAAGUUGAAGAUGAAGCAUGGGGCACAACACCUGUUGAUUUAAUUAAACAUGAUGGAGAAAAUGUAGUUGCAAACGAAGUAAAACAGGAAGAAGAUGGAUUUGAAGAUGGACUCGAAGAUAAUAAGUUGGAAGAGACUUCAGAAGGAGCUUGUUUCAUGUCAUUAGAUAUUACAGAAGAUGAACUCCAACGUUUGGAACAACAGGCUCAGGAAAAACAUCUUGGUGAUGUUACUUGCAAAUCUCCUGAGGAUAACGAAGAGGAUAUAUCUUAUGUAAUUGAGAGUGAUGAAGAUUUAGAAAUGGAGAUGAUUAAGUCUUUAGAAAACCUAAAUAGUAGCACAGUAGAUCCAAAUCAUUCAAAAUGCAUAGAAAUGGAAAGAAAUCUGGGUCUUCCUUCUGAAGAAGAUGAUGAAGAUGAGAAUGAAGCGAUUGAAGAGGAAGAAGUUGUUGAUGAAGACUGUUGGUUACCAGGACCUACUGCAAAGCAAAUUAAUUGCCUCAAGACCUACUUUGGCCAUUCUAGUUUUAAGCCGGUUCAGUGGAAAGUGAUUCAUUCUGUACUGGAAGAAAGAAGAGAUAAUGUUGUUGUCAUGGCAACUGGGUAUGGAAAGAGUUUGUGCUUCCAGUAUCCACCUGUUUAUGUAGGCGGGAUUGGCCUUGUCAUCUCUCCCCUUAUUUCUUUGAUGGAAGACCAAGUGCUCCAGCUUGAAAUGUCCAACAUUCCAGCUUGCUUUCUUGGAUCAGCACAGUCAAAAAAUGUUCUAGAGGAUAUUAAAUUAGGCAAAUACCGAAUUGUGUACAUAACUCCAGAAUUCUGUUCAAGUAACUUGGACCUACUCCAGCAACUGCAGGCUAAUAUUGGUAUCACACUUAUUGCUGUGGAUGAGGCUCACUGUAUUUCUGAGUGGGGGCAUGAUUUUAGAAGUUCAUUCAGAACUCUGGGCUCCAUAAAGGCAGUACUCCCAUCGGUUCCAAUUGUUGCACUGACUGCUACUGCAAGUUCUUCAAUCCGAGAAGACAUUGUACGUUGCUUAAAACUGACGGAUCCUCACAUUACCUGUACUGGUUUUGAUCGACCAAACUUGUAUUUAGAAGUUGGACGAAAAACAGGAAACAUCCUUCAGGAUCUGAAGCAAUUUCUUGUCCAGAAGACAGGUGCUGCUUGGGAAUUUGAAGGUCCAGCUAUCAUCUACUGUCCUUCUAGAAGAAUGACAGAACGAGUUACAGCUGAACUUAAGAAACUGAAGUUAGCCUGUGGAACAUACCAUGCAGGACUGAGUAUUACCUUAAGGAAACAAGUUCAUCAUAGGUUCAUGAGAGAUGAAAUUCAGUGUGUAAUAGCUACCAUAGCUUUUGGAAUGGGCAUUAAUAAAGCUGACAUUCGCCAAGUCAUUCAUUACGGUGCUCCUAAGGAAAUGGAAUCAUAUUACCAGGAGAUUGGUAGAGCUGGCCGUGAUGGACUUCAAAGUUCUUGUCAUGUACUUUGGGCUCCAGGAGACAUUAACACAAAUAGGCGCCUCCUUAGUGAAAUAUGCAAUGAAAAGUUUCGAUUAUACAAAUUAAAGAUGAUGGCAAAGAUGGAAAAAUAUCUUUAUUCCAGCAGGUGUAGGCGACAACUCAUCUUGUCUCAUUUUGAAGACAAACAGCUACGAAAGGCCUCCUUGGGAAUUAUGGGAACUGAAAAAUGCUGUGAUAAUUGCAGGUCCAGAUUGGAUCGCUGCUUUUCCAUUGAUGACUCAGAUGAUAUGUCACAGGACUUUGGUCCACAAGCAUUCCAGCUCUUAUCUGCCGUGACCAUCUUAGGCGAAAAGUUUGGAAUUGGGGUUCCAAUUUUAUUUCUCCGAGGAUCUAAUUCCCAGCGUCUUGAAGAUAAAUAUCGCAGUCACAAUUUCUUUGGCACUGGCAAGGAUCACACAGAGAAUUGGUGGAGGGUUUUUUCCCAUCAGCUCAUAACUGAGGGAUUCUUGGUAGAAGUUCCUGGGCAAAGCAAAUUUGUAAAGAUUUGCACCCUUACAGAAAAGGGUAGAAAUUGGCUUGCUAAAGCCAAAACAGAAUCUCCUCAGAGCCUUAUCCUUCAAGCUAAUGAAGAACUGUGUCCAAGGGAGUUUUUUCUACCAAGUUCUAAAGCUGUAUCUUCCGGCACUGAGCAACAUUCCUCUAAUCAAGUACCAAUUAAAUUAACUUCAGAGUCCAGCUUGUAUAAGAUGUAUUCUUACAAAGCAUGUGAUAAAAUUUCUUCUGGGAGUAACAUUCCUGAAAAAAGCAUCAUGGUGCCAUCACCAGGAAAAUACUACAAGUCCUCAGAACCUGUUAUUUCAGCUGAAGAGCAGGAGACUCAGACUACAUUAUAUGGCAAAUUGGUGGAAGCUAGGCAGAAACAUGCCAAUAAAAUGAAUGUUCCUCCAGCUAUUCUGGCAACAAAUAAGAUACUGGUGGAUAUGGCCAAAAUGAGACCUACUACAGUUGAAAAUGUGAAAAGGAUCGAUGGUGUUUCUGAAGGCAAAGCUACGAUGUUGGCCCCUGUGUUGGAAGUCAUCAAACAUUUCUGUCAAAUAAAUAGUCUUCAGACAGACCUCUUUUCAAGUACAAAACCACAAGAAGAACAGAAGAAAAGUCUGAUGGUGAAAAAUAAAGCAAGCUCACUUUCACAGUCUGCAGCCAUCACAUAUUCUUUAUUCCAAGAAAAGAAAAUGUGUUUGAAGAGUGUAGCUGAGAACAGGAUUCUGCCUCUCUCAGCAGUUGGCAUGCACUUGUCCCAAGCGGUGCAAGCUGGCUACCCACUCGAUAUGGAGCGAGCAGGUCUGACUCCAGAGAUUCAGAAGAUUAUUGCUGAUGUUAUCCGAAACCCUCCCAUCAACUCAGAUACAAAUAAAAUUAAACUAAUUAGAAUGUAUGUUCCUGAAAACAUUGACACGUACCUUAUCUACAUGGCAAUUGAGAUCCUGGAAAAAGAUUGCGACAACAGGAUGCUAUGCCAAUCUUCAUGUGAUUCCAACAAAAAGAGAUGUUUCCCCAACUCUGAAGAGAGCUGUUCAAAUUCUAAGAGAAGCAAGGAAGAAGUGGGCACUAAUACCAAGGUUGAUGGAAAACGUUCUUGUGAUUUUUCACUGAAAGAUGAGAGUCACAGAAAUUCACUAAAACUAACUUCCUGGAAUCAGCCAUUCAGCGAUCCCAAAAUAGAAGAUUUCUUUGUAGAUUCUCAUUCACAGACUUCAUCUGAAACCUCAAAGAGAAAAUUACCUGGGUGGUUUGCCAAAGGAAAUGAGACCUUACCUGAUGCCAGCAAGAAAUCAACGGCCAAAACUAAAAAGAAGGGUCUUUUUAGUUAAACUGGCAACUGCCAGAGGAAUUAUGUGUGUCUUGCUGUGUUAUAAGAGGGAAGCUGUAUUUCAUUUCUGAAGAGUGGGGAGUAAUAUUUUUGUUUAAGAAUUAUUCUAAUCUCAAAGUAAAACUCACCUAUUUAUUGAACAGCUGGUGUCUUAAAACAGCCUUGUGCAAUUCACAUAAAGUUGAGUCUUCUGAGAGCCUGAGUGAGUACCUCAUAGAACAGAAUCUUAGUUUCCUAUGAGAUUGCUUUAAGAAAUCAUGUUACUGCCCUGUUUUCUAAUCUCUUUACUUACUUCAGGAGUAUGUUUAGAAUAUGUAAUGUGUGGUGAUUUAAUAUAGAUAACAGAUUAUCAGUUGUAAGUGAUUAUGUGUGUGAUAUGAAAUAUUCCUAUAUUACCAAAAUUCUGUCUUAUAAAUGAAGAACGCAUAGUUAUUUUACGAAUUGUUUUUUCUAUUGUUAGAAGAAACUCUUAUACACAUUUUAAAAUGAUGUUAGUGGACCAGAGCAGUGAAAAUGAAACAUUUUGGGUUCUGUGUAAAUAGAGGAAGGAAUAUAACAAAGGAGACCAAUUGCACUAGACAACUAUGCACUUUGUAUGUUAUAUACAAUUUCUAUUAUUUUUCAAAUAAUAAUAAAAAGUC